AGUAUCAUUGUUUUCGUCUACUAUUUGCAGCUCAGGAGGUAUAACUUGAAUUAGUAUCUUGCUAAAAUUAUGCAUGUUUGUUUCAGUAUCUUGCUGAGGAACAUUGUUUCUACUUUUAGAUAUUUUUGACAACUUUUCAGAGCUCAGACCAAGAUUCCUUCUACAACAACAUCUCAGUAUCUCACCAUGUCCCAAGGUUUUCAGAUAUCUUCCUCUCUCUCUGUAGUGCCACACCACAUCCAUUAUUUUAAUAGAAGUUUUCAACCUCUAAUCCAUUGGGACUUAAGAGCUUUAGUCUCAAAUGUUUUCAAAACAUUAUGUUCUAAACCUUUUUCAUUCAUCAUCUUUCCUCCAAACAACGCAAAACCGAACAUCAUGAUCUGUGCGGAGUCAAAUCACCAGCGGAUAUCCUUCGCUAGCGAUCUAGGCCAAUCAGACAAAGCACCUUCUCUGGAACAACAACAACAACCAUCAGGAGGCCUGGUUCGGAGAGACACAACACUUUUAGAUUCAUCAAGUCCAGAUUUCGAGUUCCACAUUUCAAGAAACUUUGAUGCCUCACCAGCUGAUGAGAUCUUCGCCGACGGGAUGAUCCUUCCUUUCCAAGUAACUAAUGCAUCUUCCAUGCCAAAACGUCUCUACAAGUACGAGCUCCCUCCUAUAGUAUCCACCUCCUCAUCGAUACCUCCUAAGCCAUUGCCAUUGCCAUUGCCACAACACUACAGCGAGAAGGGAACACCAGGAAGCAGCGCAAAUUCUGACUCAGAGGCAGAGAAAACAUCAAAGUCGUUUUGGAGCUUCAAGAGAAGCUCCAGCCUAAACUGCGAUGUAAAGAACAGUCUGAUCUGCUCCUUUCCUCGUUUGACAAGAAGCAACUCAACAGGAUCAUCAGUGAUGAAUUCGAAGAGGGAAAUGCUUAGGGACAUUAACAAGCAUAGCUCGCAGAGACAUGGAGCCCCACGUCCAGAGGCAGAUCCAUUAUCUCACUUGUCUUCUUCUUGUUCUUCUCCUUCCUCUGUCUGCUGCAGCACGUAUCAGUUCAGACCACAAAAGCAAGCUGGAAAGAAUGGGGGCAGCGGAGGAAGCUUUGGGUUAGGAUCGAUCUUACGAGUAUUGAAAGAUAAGAAGACAAAGAACAAGUAAACAAAAGAGUUUUUUCUUUCUCUUCUUCUUUUAAACUCAUGCAAAUGUUGAUUGAUCUUAGUGUUACUCGGUUUUAGUAUGGAUAGAUGUGUAACUUUUGUAUGAUGUUGGCAUGUGUGUCAUUAUAUCCAAAUUGAGUGCACAUCAAACUUUUUAAUU